UCCUUGCCCUCCCAGGGCAGGUGUGUGCUGACGCUGGGCUGGACGUCUGGCUGCGCAGUGGCCCUGCAGCUCCAGGCCGGUGUUCAGGGGCAGUCGUCCCUUGGGGCCACUCCGGGCCUCCCCCCAACUGGGCAUGCAGCUCGAGCCCCUGGCCAGCACGUCCGGUGGCCACGGCAGGCUGACGGACAAGGACAGCACAGGGCGGCCCUGCCCAGGCGGGAGCACGUCUCCGUGACGCAGUCUCACUUCCUGGGCCACUGGUCUCUCACGAGCGUCAGUCUCCUCUCCAGAAGUGUGCCGGCUGGGGCAGGCGCCGGCCCCUCCCACGCGCGGCCCCGCGGCCGGUCCAUCCUGAACCCACGGGGGUGGGGGUGGCCGCUGGGGAGAGAAGCACUGGACAGGAGCUCUCGCGGGAGACCUCGGCCCUGGCCAGUUCGCUCAGGCCCCGUGGUGGCCUGCGGCGGACGCCAAGCCCGUCGCCGCUGCGCUCAGUCUCUCUCCCGAGGGCUGCUGGGGCCUCCAGCGUCUUCCAGAUGCUCACUGCUCGAAGAGUUUUGCAUUGACUGAAAUGUUUGGUUUUUAAGGAUGUGUUUGUUUGAAAGGCAGAGCUACAGAGAGGGGAGGAGAUCAGUAGAGCCACAGCCUGCGGCGCCGGCUCCCCUGUGGGCGCUGGUUCCAGUCCUGGCUGCGCCACUUCCUGUCCAGCUCCCGCUGUGGCUGGGAAAGCAGAGGAGGACGGACCAGGGGCCAGGCCCCCGCACCGUGUGGGAGGCCCAGGAGAAGCUCCUGGCUCCUGCCACAGCCUGGCCCAGCCAGGGGAGUGAACCAGUGGGUGGAAGACCCCCGUGUCUGUCUUUUAAAUUAAUGACAACUAAAAAAUAAACAUCUGAGACCAUUCCUGUGUGGAGAUCCCAUGCUGCUCCACGUGCCGACUGCGGCCUUCCGUGGUGCUCGUAGGGGUCACGUGGGGUCACGCUGUCUUCCUGGGGGGGGGGGGGCGGCCAGCCAGUGGACAGCCCUGCGGGGCCUGAGGCCAGGCCGCGAGCCUCCUGUGCCCACAGCGAGGGGCCCUCAAUUUGCCAAAGUCUAAGGGGGCGUCCACCUUGGGUCUCCUCGGGGUGGAGGCCAGGAGCCCUGACUUCCUUGGCAGACUCACGGGAUCCUUGGCGGGUCCGAGAGUCCCUGUCCCUGCGCAUCUGUGGCCGGUGAUGUGUACGGCCCCCAUGGCUGAGUGGCCAGGGUGGGGUCUCUGGCAGCACUGCCCACCCAGACCCCGGGUCCCCCAGGCCCUGGGCAAAGUUGGGGCUGAGAUCCCUGGGCAGCAGGGGGGCAGCUCCUCCUCUGCUGGCGGGCCUGCAGGUGGCAGCACACACAUGCGCACAGGUCACACGCCUGAUGGCUGGACCCCCACCCCAGGCCCUCUCUGUACCUCAGGGGCUUUGGGAGAGUGGCCGCGUGGUGGCCAGGUGCAGAGCUGGCCUCUCCCCCUCCCCAGCCGCCUGGGCCUCCAAGGCUGGGGAUUUCCCUGCCCUGAGCCUGGGGGGAGGAAGGGGAUUUCCACCCUCCCCUGCCAUCCUGUGGGUGCGGGGCAGACCCCAGCCCGAGCCUUUCGGCUAGCAGCAUGGAUUGAGAGAGCGGUCUUCCACCGGCGGCUCACUCCCCAGAUGCCACAAUGCCAGGGCUGGGCUGUCCACCGCUGCUUUCCUAGGCCACAGCAAGAGCCUGAUGGGACGUGGUGUAACCAGGACUCGAACCGGUGCCCACGUGGGGUGCUGGGUCGCAGGUGGCAGCUUUACUCACUACGCCACAGCGCCUGCCCGGACUUGAAACGUUGAGGGGGGCGUUUGAUGCAGUCAAGACCCUGCUUGGGACGCCUGCACCCACGUGAGAGACCCAAGGGAGCGCCAGGCUCCUAGCGUGGGCCUGGCCCCGCCCUGGCUGUGGUGGGCGUUCGGCAAGUGAGCCAUAGAUGCGGGUCUCUCUUUUCCUCUCUGCCUAUCAAGUAAUAAAAAUGGAUAAACGAAGAAUUAGAAAAACUGAAUCAUCCUGCCAUGUCACCCCCUCAACGCAGUCAGGGUGUCGCCCUGUGCCCGCCCAUGCACCUGCUGCAGGCGUGUGCGUGAACACACGUGUGUUCUCGCCCCGUUUAGCCCCAGCCUGCCUGUGGAGUCCAGGUCCAGCCUGAGGACAACUCCAGGCAGUGGCCACACCUGGACCCUGGCACCUGGGGGCCUGGGCCAGCUUCCAGGGCCACAGAGGCUGGGCUGUGCCGAGGGCGCUCCCACACACGGAGACAGGCACGCCCCUCCCCCGCAGCCCUUAUAGCCACAUCCUGCAAGGAGAGCCCACAGUCCCACGGUGCGACAGUGAUGCGUGUGGGGGCCUGGCCCGCAGCGCUCGGCUUGGCCCUGCUGCUCCUCGGGCUCCUGCUGGGUGCUGAGCCCAGGCCGGACUGCGUUGGGGACACCUACCCCGGCGGGGACCGGUGCUGCCUUGAGUGCCAGCCAGGCUACGGCAUGGUGAGCCGCUGUAACCGCAGCCAGGACACCAUCUGCCACCCGUGCGAACCCGGCUUCUACAACGAGGCUGUCAACUACCAAGCCUGCAAGCCUUGCACACAGUGCAACAGGAGAAGCGGGAGUGAACCCCAGCAGGAAUGCACCCACACACGAGACACCGUCUGCCGCUGCCGGCCAGGCACCCAGCCCCUGAACGGCUACAAGCACGGAGUGGACUGUGCCCCCUGCCCCCAGGGCCACUUCUCCGAGGGCAACAACCGGGCCUGCAGGCCCUGGACCAACUGCACCUUAGCUGGGAAGCGGACACUGCAGCCGGCCAGCAGCAUCUCGGACGCUGUCUGUGAGGACAGGAGCUCCCUGGCCACACAGCCCUGGGAGACCCCCAGUGCCCCUUACCGGCCCCCCACGGCCAGGACUUCCACAGCCUGGCCCAGGACAGCCCAGGGUCCUUCCACACCCACCUUGGAGGCCUCCAAGGGCCCCCAGCUGGCCAUUGUCCUGAGCCUGGGCCUGGGCCUGGGCCUGCUGGCCCUCCUGGCUGCUCUGCUGGCCCUGUACCUGCACCAAAGGGCCUGGAGGCCCCCCAAGCUCCCUGGUGAGUGUCCACUGUGGAUCCAGCCCAGACCACCCCUGGGGGCUGAGGCCCCUCCCACCUCUGGCUCUUUCCCUCUCCCAGGAGGAGGAAGCUUCCGGACCCCCAUCCAGGAGGAGCAGGCAGAUGCUGGUUCGACAAUGGCCAAGAUCUGAGCAGCAUCGCCGGGGAGGGGGCUGCACUCACCCAGGCUGGCCCUCGGGGUAGGGGGCCAGGAGCAGGCCUCCCGCCCACGGCCCUGGUGCCGUUUUAGGUGCUGGGCUCCAGGCUCUCCCGUGUGUGUUGUGCACAUUCCCUGCCCAGGUCAUUCACCCAAUAAACACGCCAGCAACCACGGGUCUGUGACUCGGCCCCGGGGGGGGGGGUGGCUGGGGUCCCACGUCUUGCGGGGGCCAGAGCCGCAGCUUCCAGGGGCCCCGAGUCCGCUGUGGCGGGGCCAGGCCAGGAUCCGAGGCAGGCAUCUGGCACCUGCAUGCCCUGAGGGGGCCUCCCUGCUGCACUGGAGUGGGGGGCGGCCCCAGGACCCCCUAACUGCCGCCCCGGCAUCCCUGUGUGGACGGUGUCCACCGGGAUGGCCGCCGUGGGCAGUGGGAGGCUUCCGACGGAGCCAGGUUUGCACCCACCUGAGGCCCGGCCAUUCUGCUCUGGGCACUGACCCCAGGUCAGGAGCUGUGGGCCUGACCGAGACCUUCCAGCGCCCGGGAGGAAAACGCCGGCUGGCUGGUGGCAGUGGUGCAGGGCCCAGACCCCUCCUUUCUCAGUGACUGGGGCAGUGUCCACCCUGUGACCCUGGCAGGAACCUCUGACCCGUCCUCCCCACGCCCUGCCCAGACCGCCCCAGGCCAGCAGCAGACAGUCCCCGCCUUGGGAGCCUGGGAGGGAUAGAACCCGGCCGCUCACGCCCCGCGCCCACCACUCUCUGGAUCCACUGCUCCGGCACCGUCCCUCCAUCCCCUCGCCCCUGGGGCUGGGGGUUGGGCUGGCCAGGGUCAGGGCUGUAGCUGUCCCUGGGCUCGGGCAGCCCGGUGAGCACAGCUGACUGCUGGCGAAACCCUGCUCACGCCGGGGAGCCACAGCAGCUGCAGGGCGGCUUCCGGAGCGGGGACAGGAAGGGGCCGGGGCGCAGCUGCCUGCUGACUUUGCCCUGGCGGGCGUGCGUGCGCCCCCGCCCUCGGAUUUCCGCGGUCUGCAUGGCAGCCAUGCCCCCAGCCUGCACCCCUCCCCCGGGUGCCACUCUGCCAGCCCCCAGAAGGGUGCCGAGCCCUGUGGCCAGCUGGGUGGGGACGACCCUGUGCUAGCAGAGGCCUGACCUCUCGCUGAGGCACGCACUUCCCAGGGAGCAGUCACUGCUCUAGUGGACCCCAGACACGCGUGGGGGAGCCAGAAGCGGCUCCUGGCUCCUGGCUUUGGAUCAGCCCCGCCAUCUGGGGAGUGGACCAGCGAAUGCAAGAGCUCUCGCGGGCUCUCUCUCUCUCUCUCUCUCUCUCUCUCUCCCCCCUCCCCUCCCCCUCCCCCUCUCCCUCUCCCUCUCCCUCCCCUCCCCCUCUCCCUCUCCCUCGUAACUCUGCCUUUUGAAUAAAUAAAUACAACUCUUAAAAAAGUGAGCAAUGUUUACUACAAGGUUCUGGGAGAAAAAAAUGAAAGAUUUAUUUAGGGGCCGGCGCUGUGGCAGAGCAGAUAAAGCCGCUGCCUGCAGUGCCGGCAUCCCAUAUGGACGUUGGUUCGAGUCCCAGCUGCUCCUCGUCCAAUCCAGCUCUCUGCUGUGGCCCGGGAAAGCAGUGGAAUAUGGCCCAAGUCCUUGGGCUCCUGCACCCUCAUGGGAAGCCUGGAGAACGCUCCUGGCUCUCUGUCUCUCUGUCUCUGCCUCUCU